AUGACUGGUGGUGACUUUAACCUAAAGGUCACCACACCUCAGUCAGUCUCAGAAUGGGCUGGAUUUUGUUUUGAAAUUCUUCCUGUUUCUCUAUUGUCAUUCCAGGUUGGUUUCUUGAAGAUCAGUCACAAAUAUGAAAUCACGUUUCUGCUGCCUGUCUCCCAGAACCUGCGGCAACAGAGCCAGUCUGUCCCCCUCGCUAACCUUUACUUGAAGCUGGUUGACAUCGCUCCAGUAGCAGAAGGUUACCAAGUUAAGUGUGAAUACAUCGCCCACAAGGAAGGCGUGGUCAGAGAAGAAAUGGUUUUGGCCAGCAAGAUUAAUGAUCGUUCCCCUGUAAAAGUCACAUUGCAGGCCCGAGUCCUGGACCGACUGCACGGGACCCCUAUGUUGCUGGAAGGUGUCAAAUGCAUCGGCUCAGAACCAGAGUACGACUCCGAGCAAAGCGACUGGCAGGGAUUCGAUUAGCUGACUCCCGAACACUCUGCUCCAUUCGACCACAACAGCCAGGAUGUGUUCCUGAACGAUGCUGUGCGCGCUAAGCUGUGAAGUAACUUGCGAAGUUUACCUAUAACUGAAGAUUGACCUUUCUCGCUCUCCCUCUUUAUUUUAGUACUUCAGUAUUCUGCUUGUAAAUGUUAUACCCCUCUGGGAGCUAAACUUAAAAUGUGAAGGGAACUUCUACAAUGUCUGUCCUUUUAAAGUUUUGAGUGGGAUCUGCCUGUGUUGCCACAUAUGGAAUGACUCAGAGGAUAUAUGCAUUGAAUGUACAAUGGAGUACAAUUCAGAAUGUGUUUAUUUUGUCAUAUUGGAAAAUAAAUAAAUGAAAUCCA